UCCAAGUUAUCGUAAGGAUACGCUUCUCCCUCUUUUCUCUAGCUUUAGCUGAACCACCGGCGAUGGCUCAGCCUGGUGAAAUUCCUAUAAAUCCCCCACUGCAUCCUGCCUCUCAAAUCGAAGCUCAACCACCGUACCCGGUCCAAUCCCAGCAUCCACCCCAAAAGGAUCUUUUGUCCACAGCCAAACGCCGCCGCCAGGAAGAAGACCCUACGGCGGCAUAUGAUACGGGAGAAUCAGCCCCAAAACGACUUGCGAAAGCUCAAGACGUUAUUUUUCGUAUCGUCGUUCCUUCGAAGCAGAUCGGUAAAGUAAUCGGCAAAGGAGGUCAUAGAAUCCAAAAGAUUCGUGAAGACACCAAAGCCAACAUCAAAAUCGCCGAUGCAAUCGUCCGAUAUGAAGACCGUGUCAUUAUUAUAAGCUCUAAAGAUAAUGAGAACAUGGUUUCUGAUGCGGAAAAUGCACUCCCGCAAAUAGCUACUUUAAUCCUAAUGGAAGAUAAUGGUAGUACAGAAGCAGCAAAAGUCGGUGCUGUCGGUGCAGGACAUGUUGCAGCAAAUACUAUAAGACUUUUGAUUGCUGGGUCGCAAGCAGGCAGCCUAAUUGGGAUGUCUGGCCAAAACAUUGAGAAACUGAGGUCUUCCUCUGGAGCCUCUAUCACAAUUCUUGCUCCAAACCAGUUGCCUUUGUGUGCAUCUGCUCAUGAAUCGGAUCGAGUUGUUCAGAUAUCAGGUGAUUUUCCAGCCGUACUGAAGGCUUUGGCUGAGAUUGCUUACCAACUCAGGGAAAACCCACCACGGCAAGUGAUUUCUAUUAGUCCAGCAUAUAAUUUUAACUUGCUUCGCCCUGCCCCACCCCAGCCAUUUGUGGACCCUACUUCAGCUGAUUAUGUAACUUUCGAGAUGGUGGUUUCGGGUACAUAUAUUGGUGGAUUGAUCGGUAGAUGUGGCUCCAAUAUUUCAAGGAUCAGAAUCGAGUCUGGAGCAACUAUAAAGGUUUAUGGUGGGAAAGGAGAACAAAAUGUGAGGCACAUUCAGUUCAGUGGUAGCUCUCAACAGGUUGCCUUAGCAAAGCAGAGGGUUGAUGAAUGCAUAUAUUCUCAGAUGAUGCAACAAGCUGGUACUCAACCAACUGGUUUGCAGAUGUAACGAAAGCCGCUAAGAAACAUCCUUCUGAUCAUCAACAGUUGAAAGCCUCUAUUGGCUCAAUGUGGUGUUGCACCUUCUGGCCUUGUAGCUAAGACUCCCAAGUCAUUAUGAUUUGUUUCUACAUGGAUAGACAAGUGAAUCGCCAGGUUUUUAGUUUGCUGUUUAAGCUUAUAGGAAGGCUUGUAUUCUACUAAUGAUUGAAACUAGAAGCGGUGCUUGAAGAUUGAACUGAUCAUUAACUAAAUUGACCAUAACAUGAUUAGAAAAAUGGAAUGGUUCAUCAUUA